AUUUCUUUAAAACACAAUCAUGUGGUCGAGUAAAUCACCCUGAUGUUCGCCUAACCACACACAUGCACGUGAUAGUAGGCCCGGUCGCACCUUUGCUCGUGUUACUUAUGUUAACAUUAAUGAAUCAUUUAUAACUGUUGUUUAUAAAAGUGCUGGAUGCGCGUGCCCGACACGCCGCUCGCUCCCGUCUGUCCGCUGCUAGCUGCAGCUCGUAAACAUGGCUGCACUCAUUCUCAAGUUCCCUAACCUGCUGGGUUUGAGAGUAUUCCCACAAAACCUGUCAUGGACCAGGGGUGGUGUGAGGUUUGUUUCAGGAGGGGUGCGGAGGAUAGAGAAGGUUCUGAUCGCCAACCGGGGGGAGAUUGCCUGCCGUGUGAUGCGGACAGCCAAGAGGAUGGGCGUGCGCUCUGUGGCCGUGUACAGCGAGGCAGACAAGCACUCCAUGCACGUCGCCAUGGCUGACGAGGCGUACCACAUCGGGCCCGCGGCCUCACAGCAGAGCUACCUGAGUAUGGAGAAGGUUCUGGAGGUGGCCAAGAGGUCAGGGGCACACGCUGUCCACCCUGGUUAUGGCUUCCUGUCGGAGAACACAGAGUUUGCGGAAGCAUGCAAACAGGAAGGCAUCAUCUUCAUUGGACCUCCUUCCUCUGCCAUCAGAGACAUGGGGAUCAAGAGCACGUCAAAGUACAUAAUGGCCGCAGCUGGGGUGCCAAUCAUCGGAGGGUACCAUGGGGAGGACCAAUCUGAUGAGAGGCUUCAGGCCGAGGCGGUCCAGAUUGGCUACCCUGUGAUGAUCAAGGCGGUCCGUGGAGGAGGAGGCAAGGGGAUGCGUAUCGCUCGGACGGACGCAGACUUCCUGGAGCAGUUGGAGUCAGCGAGAAGGGAGGCCAGGAAGUCCUUCAACGACGACGUCAUGCUGGUGGAGAAGUUUGUGGAGGACCCCAGACACGUGGAGGUGCAAGUGUUCGGCGACCAGCACGGGAACGUGGUGUACCUGUUCGAGAGGGACUGCAGCGUCCAGAGGAGACACCAGAAGAUCAUCGAGGAGGCACCGGGGCCCGGUAUCAGCGCUGAGGUUCGGAGAAAACUGGGAGAAGCAGCAGUUAAAGCCGCCAAGGCUGUCAACUACGUAGGAGCAGGUACGGUGGAGUUCAUCAUGGACGCCCAGCAUAACUUCUACUUCAUGGAGAUGAACACCCGACUGCAGGUGGAGCACCCGGUCUCAGAGAUGAUCACCGGGACGGACCUGGUGGAGUGGCAGCUGAGGGUGGCGGCGGGGGAGUGCCUGCCUCUCCUCCAGGAUGACAUCGUCCUUAGCGGCCACUCCUUCGAGGCCCGCAUCUACGCAGAGGACCCCAACAACGACUUCAUGCCGGGGGCGGGGCCUCUGCUGCACCUCUCCACGCCCCCGGAGGAGGCGGAGACUCGCAUCGAGACGGGCGUCAGAGAAGGAGACGAAGUGUCGGCCCACUAUGAUCCGAUGAUAGCCAAGCUGGUGGUGUGGGGCCGAGAUCGAUCGUCCGCACUGAAGAAGCUGCGAUACUGCCUACGACAGUACAAUAUCGUGGGUCUCCACACCAACAUCGACUUCCUGCUGAGCCUGUCGGCCCACCCGGAGUUCGAGGCGGGCAACGUGACGACCAGCUUCAUCCCGCAGCACUACGCCCAGCUGUUCCCCGCCGCCGCCCCCCUGGCCGGGGCCACCCUCUGCCAGGCCGCCCUGGGCCUGCUGCUCCGGGAGAGGAGCCUCACGCAGGAGUUCACACGGAGCUCUGCCGACCCCUGCUCUCCCUUCGGCUCCAGCAGUGGCCGGAGGUUCAACAUUCUGUACAACAGGAACAUGACUCUACAAGUGGGAGACAAAAAGGUGGACGUCGCGGUCACUUACAACAAAGAGGGGAGCUACACCAUGCAGAUUGGUGAGGAGUUGUACCAUGUGACCGGGGAGGUGGAGUCAGAGGGCGGAGCUUCGUUCCUCCACUGCUCCGUCAACGGGGUGGAGUCGCGUCCCAAACUGGUCAUCGUGGACAACACCGUCCACCUGUUCUCCAUGGAGGGGAGUGCGGCCGUGUCGGUCCCCGUACCGAAGUACCUGGCGGCGGUCAGCGGCUCCGGGGCCCAGGGCGGCGCCGUGGCCCCCAUGACCGGAACCAUAGAGAAGGUGAUGGUGAAGGUGGGAGACCAGGUGUCGGCCGGGGACCCCCUCAUGGUGAUGAACGCUAUGAAGAUGGAGCACACCAUCCGGGCCCCCAAGGCGGGCGUCAUCAAGAAGGUGUUCUUCAAGGAGGGCUCCCAGGCCAGCCGCCACGCCCCAUUGGUGGAGAUGGAGGAGGAGGAGGAGGAGGAAGAGGCCGCCGCCAGCCAGUGAAGAGGCCCCAACGCACUCUCUGGCACACAGGCCCGUGGUUUGUGCGUCGACGCGCGGUACGAGGACGGAGGCGGGGACGGAGGUUGAUGGACGUAGAAUAGAUGGUGUAGAACGAUGUCCUGAGUAAUGGGCCUGUUGUAGGGCUGAUCCACAUCCCUGACGUUCCCUUCAAACCUCUGCGGAAAACUGCCUUUGCAUUUUGCUAAUUGUGUCAAGUGUAUCGAUCCAAGAACUGACAUCGUUUUUUUCCUCACAUUGUGUCUUUCUUUAUAAUCUAGUUUGUUUUUGGUAGCAGGAUCACUUUGUUUUCCCAGACCCAGUAACUGACUGUACCUUUUUGCUACCCUUACUGUUGCUACUCAUCUUUGUGUGUGUGUGUGUGUGUGUGUGUGUGUGUGUGUGUGUGUGUGUGUGUGUGUGUGUGUGUGUGUGUGUGUGUGUGUGUGUGUGUGUGUGUGUGUGUGUGUGUGUGUGUGUGUGUGUGUGUGUUUUCAAUAAAGCUGAGCUCAGCUUCUCUGAUAUUUUUGGGUUGUCUUGUAAUAAAAGCAUAAAGAGCUCUUAUCCAUUUCAUUGAAAUGGCGACGCAGAAAAUGGCAUACAUAAAAUAUGGGAGUUAGAGUAUACUUUGCAGGCAUAUUUCAUAUUAAUAAGUGAGAGCCUGGACUCUUGCUGUAAUAUAUUUCCCAUUCUCAUCCAGGGUGGCCAUGCGUCAUUAUGGCAGAUCGCCCUGUGGCAUUACAUAACUCUUAUGAUUGGAAAAUGGGUAUUUGUAAUAUGGGAGUGUGUUCUAGCUGUCGUUUGUAGAAAACACGCUGAAUGACAAACUCCAAAGCCUUGUCACGUGUUUCCCUAAGGCUCACCCUUUGGAGGUACUGAAUUGAGGUGAUGAAUGUCAUUGUAUGACAGAAUUCUCCUGUACUUGGGAGUGUUGACUAUUAGUGUUUCGGUUGCACAAUGUCAACGUCGCAAGGUCAUUCUACCGUUAAUACUGUGGAAUCUGUCAAGAUGAGUGGGUUAGCAUGAAGAUUGUUAGACUAGUGUUGAGUGAUUCUGUAUGAUAACUAACCAGUGUCUUCUGAAAUCAUUACACACAUGUAUUCAUCUUUGGUUUGGGAUUGUUUAUAGUAUAUGUAUUGUUUGAUUAUGAAUAAAUCAUUUGGAAGUAG